AUGCCCCCGAGGGUGCCACCAGAUUCCCACAGGCUCGCCUUGCACCCCCUUUCCAACCACCGCACCAUUUACAUCUCCGGCACGGCAUGCUGCCAGCCCGAUGGCACCUGGCCCGGCGUCACUGAAAACCCAGACGGAACAUGCACGACCGACAUUCGCAAGCAAACGGCGGCGGUCCUCGAGAACGUCGACAACAUAAUCAAGGGCGCGACAGAUGGCAAGGGCGGCAUCCACAACGUGAUUGACGCUGUCGUAUACAUCCUAGACAUGAAAAGCCAAUACUCUGGCAUGAACGAGGAGUGGAACAAGGUCUUUAAGUCCCGAGAUAGUGCACCGGCUAGGGCCACUAUUGGCGUGAGGGAGCUCCCUGACCCCCGAAUGAUUGUCGAGGUUAAGGCUGUUGCAGUCGUCAAUAUCUAG